GUUUUUCCUGGCGAAGCGCACGGCGGCCACAGUCGGCGUAGAGGCUGGACUAGGCGCGCGGUAGCGGGCGUUCCCGGCCGCGGAGCGCCGCGCGCACCUUCCUCGCCGUGACACACAGAGGGGAGGGGAAGAAUCAAAGAAGAAAUUGUUCUUAGGAAAAAAGAACGAACAGGAAAGAGAACUGAGUGAACAAAUGAAAGUCUUGGAGAAAGAAUAACAACGUAGAAGAUACCCAGUGUUUCGUGAAAGAUUUGAUUAUCGAAGAAAUGGAUACUUAUCCCUCCAAAAAAUAUCCAGUUAAAAAACGGGUGAAAAUACACCCCAAUACAGUGAUGGUGAAAUAUACCUCCCAUUAUCCCCAGCCUGGGGAUGAUGGAUAUGAAGAAAUCAAUGAAGACUAUGGAAAUUUUAUGGAAGAAAAUCCGAAGAAAGGCCUGCUGAGUGAAAUGAAAAGAAAAGGAAGAACUUUCUUUGGAACCAUGGACACUCGACCUCUGCCAACAGAAGACCCAGUGACCAAUGAUAUUGGACAAUUCCAGAGCUUUGCAGAAAAAAAUAUUUUUCAAUCCAGAAAAAUGUGGAUAGUGCUGUUUGGAUCUGCUUUGGCUCAUGGAUGUGUAGCUCUUAUCACUAGGCUUGUUUCUGAUCGUUCUAAAGUUCCGUCUCUAGAGCUGAUUUUUAUCCGUUCUGUCUUGCAGGUCUUAUCUGUGUUAGUUGUAUGUUACUACCAGGAGGCCCCCUUUGGACCCAGUGGAUACAGAUUACGACUCUUCUUUUAUGGCGUAUGCAAUGUCAUUUCUAUCACCUGUGCUUAUACGUCAUUUUCAAUAGUUCCUCCCAGCAAUGGGACCACUAUGUGGAGAGCCACAACCACAGUCUUCAGUGCCAUUCUGGCUUUUUUACUUGUAGAUGAGAAAAUGGCUUAUAUUGACAUGGCUACAGUUGUUUGCAGCAUCUUAGGUGUUUGUCUUGUCAUGAUCCCCAACAUUGUUGAUGAAGACAAUUCUUUGUUAAAUGCCUGGAAAGAAGCCUUUGGGUACACUAUGACCGUGAUGGCUGGACUGACCACUGCUCUUUCCAUGAUAGUAUACAGAUCUAUUAAGGAGAAGAUCAGCAUGUGGACUGCACUGUUUACCUUUGGUUGGACUGGGACAAUCUGGGGAAUAUCUACUAUGUUUGUUCUUCAAGAACCCAUCAUCCCAUUAGAUGGAGAAACCUGGAGUUAUCUCAUUGCCAUAUGCGUCUGUUCCACUGCAGCAUUCUUAGGAGUUUAUUAUGCUUUGGACAAAUUCCAUCCAGCUUUGGUCAGCACAGUACAACACCUGGAGAUUGUAGUGGCUAUGGUCUUGCAGCUUCUAGUGUUACACAUAUUUCCUAGUGUCUAUGAUGUUUUUGGAGGGGUAAUCAUUAUGAUUAGUGUUUUUGUCCUUGCUGGUUAUAAACUUUAUUGGAGGAAUUUAAGAAGGCAGGAUUAUCAGGAAAUUUUAGACUCUCCCAUUAAAUGAAUACUUGAUUAUUAUCUUAACAUUUAGUUAUUAAUAGGUACACUACCAUUUUAAUGUUUACCUAUAAAUGUCUUGCGUUGUAUAACUGGCAGAGUGGUAUAUAAAAUUAAUAUAUGCAGAUGUAGAAAAUUUAUUCUAGUCUAAUAUGUUAAAAAACAAAUAUUAAAUAUGUGAAACACCAUGAACCCAGUGUCUCUACUGUUAUCAACAAAAGGUAAUUGUGGUAGGAUAAUGUUAACUUUCAUCACUAAAAAACAUAAUACUUGAGGAAAUGACCCCGUUCCAAUGGAACUUCUGUGGCCUUAAAAAAAUGUUCAUGCACAAUGUUCUACAAAUGUUUAAUAAAAAUCUUUCAAUAUUCAAAAAUCUUCAUUGGUGAAAAGGUCACAAUAGGGUGAAAUGCUUAAUACCAAGCCCUGAUUUGUCAUCUAUUUACAUUAGAAACUAGAGGUUACUAGGUUGGGUAAGGGAGCUUGAGUUGAGGCAAGAAAGAGGGAACAAAGGAAAACAGCUGGUUUUUCAAUGACCAUAGUGGUUGUCCUACUUUCAAACAGGAAAUUGCUCUUCCCUUUGCUAUGGCUACCUUAGGUAAUGCAUAGGAAAUGGAAGUAGGGAGAAGACUGGAUUCUUGACAGUCUAUGCCAUUUUGUGCCUGAUGGUGGGAGACUUAAUGUUGGGGCAGGGUCUACUUACCCUCAGUUUUACAGAUCUUUUCCAAAACUGCCCUUGUUUAUAAUUUUGUAGCAAAUAUAUGUGUGAGCUGCAGGAAAGAUACUCCUUACCCCUGAAAAAAGACACUAACAGGAAUCACGGUAUAGCAGAAAAUUGAUACAACAUGGUAACUUGAAAUUCUUUUCAAAAGGGCAUAAAAGUCGGUAAAAACAUAUAAGGUAGCAUUAAUUUGGGUCUAAUUUGGGCAAUUUUACUAAUUUAGCACAACAAAUGUUGAUAUGGUUAUUAAACUAUUGUUAUUGUUACUGAGUUAUUUUACCUCCAAAUUCACUCUUCUGUACUUACCUCUGUGAUGCUAUGGCUCAGACCUUGCAAAUUAUAUUUUUCCUAUACUGACUGGUGUCUCACUAGGUUCCAUCAAUAAAGGGCAUUAGAGGGAGACUAGAAGACAGGAGAAGGGGAGAAAGGAUUUCCUCCUUUCCAUUUGUUUGCAGUUUCUGUCUUUGUUACCCCAGCAAUAAGCAAUACCCCUUUGCUCCAGCAGCAGCAACUGAUCUCAGCCUUGAGCUUCUUUUGGCACUCCUCCAUCCCCCAGCAGCCUCAUCAUAUCCCUCUUAGUAGGAGGAGGACCAGAUAAACAGCAUCCUUUCUGGGAUCUGAGCCAUAGCUCAGCUGGGUCAUUCCUCUGAGCUUCGGACACCUUAUAGUCCAACCUUGACCCCUCUUUUUCACUUGCACUAAGGGUGGUAGCUGCUUUGUACAGUUAUCACCUCUGGGCUACUGCAGUGUUCCCUCUUUGCUUUUUCAGCCCAUCAAUACCCAAUACUAGAUUCUUUCUGUUAAAAUAUCUUGUGAUUUCUGUCUUCUUGACUAAUAUGUCUCUAAACCUUUCCCCAAAUAGCCCACAAUCAUUAGUAGGGUAUCUGUGCUUUUGGGAAGAUGUUAAUGUUCAGAUUUUCCAGGAAUUACCAGACACUGGCUCUCAACUAUCCAAACUGAAGAAAUUAUCCAAAUUGAAGUAUAGAAAGAAAAAGUUUUGAAAAAAAAUGAACAGAGCCUGGAAUGACCUGUACUAAGGACUAAGAAGUCUAGCAUAAGUGUAAAUGUAGUCUCAGAAAAGGAGAGAGAGGGAAAGGGGCAGAAAAAAAUAUUUGAAGAAAUACUGGCCAAAAGAUUUCUAAAUUUGAUAAAAGGAAACAAUAUGAGCCAGUAAUCCAUAGAUCCAGGGAAAUAAGUGAAACCCAAGCAGCAUAAAUACGAAGAAAACCACACCUAGAAACAUAGUGCAACUGCUGAUAAAUAAAGAUAAAGAAACAAAACUUUAAAAGCAGAAGAAAAAGGACAUAUGACAUACAGGAAAACAGUAAGACAGCUUCUCAUCAGAAACACUGGAGGCCUCACUCUUGCCACUAUUGUUCAACAUAGUACUAGAAGUCCUAGCAACAGCAAUCAGACAACAAAAAGAAAUAAAAGGUAUUCA